AUGCGCUCAAACACCAAGCAGCAGCUCAAAGCUACGGCGCUCGCCCUGAUGUGCGUGGUCGCCGCUGCUCAGCUUGGCCAGGCGGCCCCAGUGAGCAGUGCGGGAGUGGACGGGGACGUCGCAGCCACGUCUGCUGCUCCGGAAGCCUCUUCGAGCGACCUGGCUCAAGUUGUAGCAGCCAGCGCAUCUCCCACAUCUGCUGCAGCAGCAGCUCCCACAGCUGCACCACUUGCCGGUCCCUCGCUGGUGCCUCUCUCGCCAGGCCCAGCAGACGUAUUCAAAUCAGGGGGAACCUGCUCAACCACCUGGUCGCCCGCAUUCGCUUGGACGAAUGGUCAAGCUCCUUGGGCAAGUUUCACCAUCGAUCUGAUGACUGGCAGCAACGACAAUAUGACCAAGCUGGCUACCGUCGCCUCCAACUUGGACGGUACGGAUUACAAUCAGACCAAGUACGACUUCCAAUGUCCCGACGCUCAGCCUUACUCCAAGAUCUACUUUUUGGUGAGACGCGCACGCCUUGUCUAACGCAGCUCAAAGCGCCGAGCGAUUUCAUUGCUGACUUGACUGUCCAUGCCACGACGAUUCGAUGUCAAUGUAGCAAUUUUCAAAUCCGUCCGGAUCCAAUGCGACGACCUGGACGACUCGCUUUACGCUCGCAUCGGCGAACGGGGAGACGACUGCGCCAGAACACGAAACGCAACCUGAUGGAGAGGAUAUUGCUUGGGGACAAGGAAAGCUGAUCAGCGUCGGCAGCACUUCAGGCAACAUCACACCGGCGGAGGGAUCAAGAGCAGCCGCGCUUGUUUCGGGCAAACAACCAAAGAGUCUUCAACAGCAGACGGCAUCGCAGAGCUCCUCUUCUGCAAACGGGAGACUUGAUGCGCUCAGUGGAGUGGCGGGCGCGAUUGCUGCCGCUUGCGCGGCGAUGGUGCUGAUCUGA